GAGAAGAGAACAGACAAGUGAAGCUGCUUCGGAGAGAAUCAUUGGACACCAUCAAAAUGGUGUCUGCAGAAAGCAAACAGCUGCGCAUGCUGUUACACAAUGAACAACAAACCUCCAUUCAGCUGGAAGCAAAGAAUCAACACCAGCGUUCGCUCCUGCUCUCCAACAAACUGUCCUUGUUCUGGAGAUUCUGCAACAAGGACAUGCUGCAGUGUUCCCGCUGCCCGCCUGGCUGGGUCGAGCACGCUUCACGUUGCUUCCUCCUGUCUCAGAAAGCAGAGAAUUGGGAAGAAGCUCGCAGGAACUGUCUUGACAUGGGAGGUGACUUGGCUGUUGUUUUGAGUGCAGACGACCAGGCAUUCUUGACCAACAUGACUUUUCAGUUUGCACAGCAGCAUCCUCAGACAGUCUUCCAUGCAGCGUGGAUCAGGUUGCAGGACAUGGUGAAGGAGGGCAUCCAUCUCUGGGUCAGUGGCAACACAGUCCAAACAGAUGUCAUUUACUGGGAUCCCCUGAAGCCGAACAACGCCAUGGCCCUCUGGGACAAAGAUGGGGCAGGGCCGGACUGUGUUGCCAUCGUCCCACCGUCACACAUUGGACAGGAGAACUGGCUAAACUCCUGGGAUGACAUUAUUUAUGGUGACCAGAGGCACUACCUGUGUGAGACCAUGGCUCUCACUGUGUCAGCACUAACAUAGCUGCAUCUCAACUCUCUUAGGCUGAGUUUGCUGGUGUUUACUCAGUCUGAGCACAAUCACUGGUGUUGGGAUGAAAAUACCAGAUUUUUUUUAGAUUUGUUUUAUUUAUGAGGACAACAAACAUUAAUCAACACUUCUGUAAAUG